CUCGCAGUACCUGUUCCCGGUAAUCGACAUCGUCCGCCCAUAGCGACCAAACGAUGCCAACACCCCGGUAUUUUGCCCAAGCCCCUGCCUUCCCCGCCGAGACUCCCGUCGCGAGUCUGCCGAUAAUCUCUCUUCAAAAACUACAGAGUGGGGGCUCCACUGAGGGACAGAAGUUGUUCGAAGCUUGUAGAGAAUGGGGUUUCUUUCUAAUAGACCUGCGAGACUUCGAUGAUGGGAAGACAUUGUUACAGGAUGCAGAGAGGAUGUUCGAUCUUACUACGGAACUAUUCUCUCUGGACCAGGCAAUCCUGGAUCAAUAUGCAUAUGAUGCGCCUAGAGAUCUGACCGGGUACAAAAGCAUGGGCCGAUUAAAGACCGACGAUGGCAAAACAGACCAUAUGCAUCUGUAUUCCAUCAACCAAGACGACAUCCUGGGCAAUCGUCCUCCACGGACUAAUGCCGGUCCUAUCGAGUCGAAGCGCAUGCAACUCCAAGCAUUUAUUCGACACUGCUCUGCAGCAUUGGGUGUGGUUCUAGGUGCGCUAGACGACCAAAUCGGCCUGGAGCAGGGCACGUUGGCUGCAGUCAGUCCACUGGACGACGAGUCUGAGACCUCAGUGCGUCUUCUCUGUAGCCCGCCUCAGUCUGCCCCGGAAUAUGAUCGCAUCACAUUAGGCGGACACACCGAUAUCGGUACCAUGACAAUACUGUUCCACGUGGUGGGCGGACUCCAGAUUCUUCCAGCUGGGAAGGAAAACGCCAUGGAGAACUGGCAGUACGUACGGCCUGAGCCGGGCUGUGCGUUGGUGAAUGUGGGUGAUACGCUGGUGGAAUGGACGGGCGAACUGCUGCGUAGCUCGUUGCACCGGGUGAUGACAGCCCCAGGAGAUCAGGCACUGGUGCAGCGUCAAAGCGUGGCGUACUUAGUUCGGCCUGCACAGAAGGCAUCUAUGCGACGCAUUCGGGGUGGCAAGAUUCCUCCUUUGUCCGAAGGGGAAGAGGAGGAGAUACGCCCGGUAAACGAGUGGGCAGCUUGGAGGUCACGGCAGAUUAUACUGGGCCACUUGAAGCCCCAGAGCCGAGGUGGAAAUAUGGCGGUCAGCGUAUGA